AUGGACGUAAAAAAUGCAUUUCUCAAUGACAAUCUUACUGAAGAAGUUUAUAUGCAACCUCCACCUGGAUAUAAUUAUCGUCCAAUCAAAGUGUGUAAACUUAAUCAUGCUCUCUAUGAAGUCUGCGCACGUGGUAUUAUUUUUCUUCUUCUUUAUGUUGAUAAUAUGAUUGUUACUGUUGAUGAUACUGUUGGUAUUUUCAAUCUCAAAGCCUACCUCAACAAGCAAUUUCAGAUGAAGGAUUUAGGUAAUGUGAGCCACUUCUUGGGUCUUGAGAUCUCAUCUAUAUCCGAUGGCCACUAUCUCACUCAGGCUAAGCUAGUGACCCAACUGAUCUCAACUACAGGCUAUUGCUUCAUUAUCGGUGACUCACUCAUCUCUUGGCAAAGUAAGAAGCAAUCUCUUGUUUCUCGCUUUAGUACUAAGGCAGAGUAUCGUGCUAUUGUUGACACUACUCAGGCAGUGAUAUGGCUUCACUGGCUACUGCUACUACACUUUAUUGUGACAAUCAAAGUGUUUAAUUAG